CAACAAUCUUCACACAUUCAAAUCCAACGUCCAUUUUCCCACAACAAUUUUCACAGGCUUAUCUCCCUCUUACAAUUCUUGCUCAUCACACUAUAAUGGCUGCCACCACUCCUCUUCGUCCAAAACCAAUCCCCCCAUUCCUCACAAUCCCCCCAUCAACCCCUUCAACCAAAUUCACCAAUCUCUCUUUCUUCAGCAACCCAUCAGAUCCCACCCGGAAAACCGCCUCCACCCGCCCCAAUGCCAAGAAGAAAAACCCAUGGCUCGACCCGUUUGACCAGGGCGACGAUCCGGAGAUGGAGUACGGCGCACUGUUCUCCGACGGGAAGCAGGAGGAGGACCCUAGACCGCCAGAUAACCCGGAUAACCCGUAUGGGUUUCUCAAGUUUCCGAUGGGUUACGCCGUUGAGAUCGCUUCGUUGGGGCUGAAGGUGAGAGGGGAUGUGAGGAGGUGUUGCUGCGUGAUUUCGGGUGGUGUUUAUGAGAAUCUGCUGUUUUUUCCGGCGAUUCAGCUGAUCAAAGAUAGGUAUCCGGGCGUGCAAAUUGAUGUUGUGACUUCAGCCAGAGGGAAACAGACGUAUGAGAUGAAUAAGAAUGUGAGGUGGGCUAAUGAGUAUGACGUUGACGAUCAUUUUCCUGAUCCUGCGGAGUACACUGACAUGAUCGGAGUGCUCAAGAACAGAUACUAUGACAUGAUCUUAUCAAGUAAGCUUGCAGGAUUAGGCCAUGCAUCAUUCUUGUUCAUGUCUAGCGCCCGGGACAGGGUCAGCUACAUUUACCCCAACGUAAACGCUGCCGGGGCAGGACUACUCUUAUCGGAAACGUUUACACCAGACAGUAUGAAUCUCUCCGAGGGCGGAUACAACAUGUAUCAUCAGAUGAUUGAUUGGUUGGGGAGGCCAUUUCGAAACGUUCCCAGGCAGCCGGUGCCUCCUCUCAAAGUGUCCGUCUCAAGGAAGCUGAAGGAGGUGGUCGAGGCAAAGUAUACAAGUGUCGGUGCAGUGAAGGGAAAAUACAUUGUUAUUCAUGGGAUCAAGUCGGACUCUAAGGCUUCGAUGCAGUCCAGGGGAGACACAGAUAGCUUGCUACCGAUUGAGAUAUGGGAUGAGAUAGCUAGUGUGAUAAGUGGGCUCACACCAGUCUUUGUCAUCCCACAUGAGAAAGAAAGGGAAAACGUUGAAGAUGUUGUUGGGGACGAUGCUAGUAUUGUGUUCAUCACCACCCCUGGGCAGCUCGCAGCACUGAUCAACGACUCUGCGGGCGUCAUAGCUACCAAUACAGCUGCCAUACAGCUUGCACACGCACGUGAAAAACCAAGUGUGGCGUUGUUCUGCUCCGAUGAUAAGGCGAAGGCGUUUGUCCCAAAUCCAGAAGAGAAGAAAUGUGCUAUUAUUUCAUCCAAGACAGGAAAACUAAUAGACAUAGAUGUUGAAGCUGUUAAGACCGCUGUCCAGAUCUUCAGCAUGCCUUUGGCUAUUGCCUAGGGCAAGAAACUAUGUCCUAGUAUAAGGUUAACAUUACUAGUACUGCAUCUGUCAGGAGAACUUGUGUAGUAACUGUUCAUUCUUGGUAGGGGAAGAUAUGCAAAGAGUAUACAAUAACUAUUGUAAUAUCGAUUACACACUACAAGAAACCAUAAAAAGAAUUUGUCAAUUUUGAACAUUAUCAAUCAAAAUGAAAUAUAUUUUCGUGCGAGCAA